AUGGCGAGAUGGUGGUGGCAGCUCACAGGCAAGUCUGUCUUCUCUAGUGAAAAAGUGAAAAAUCCACUAAAAGAAAAGGAGACCAAGAACACCGCGAACUUGCAUAAGGAGAGGGGAAAUGGAACUGAUGAUCAAGUAGAAGAUGUACUCCUGUACGCAUCAUCUGAAGUGGCUGAGGUGGCUGGUGUGGUGAUGCCUGCACUCGUCAAGGCCACAGCAUUGUAUCACUGGAUAGCAAGCCACGAAGAGGCACCUCCCAAUCCCCCUGACGACGGAGCCGAGCACGUAGCAGGGGCAGCAGGAGCGAGCUAG